AUGUGCCCCCCUCCACCCCCCCCUUUGUCUGUUUGUCAUUUUCAGCCCGAAACUCAAAACUCAAAACUACACUCACUCAUGGAGUUUUCCGAGAAAACCCCUUUGCCCCUUUUGCCCUCCACUCCCAGUAACACCACCAGGCACAAAACCUACGAGUCAUGGACGGUGGUCUCGCAGCACAACCGCCACCUAUCUACAGGCCUCGCCCGGCUGGGGCGCUGCCUUCUUGGCCACAACAACCGCCGCCGGCGCACCUCUUCAUGCUACGUAGCGACCGUCUACGCAAACCGGCACUUCAGCUCCGACGAGCUCGCCGCCGUCUACAACCAGGAGUGGGCCCUCCACCACCACCCAACUCGUGGUAGCCCCGCGGCCUAUAGGCACGAGCUGUGGUGGUGGUGGUGGUGCCGCCGGCUCCUCGGGAGGCUGCCGCGGGACGUGCAGGAAGCGGUCGGCUCGCUCCUCGAUCAGCGGACCCGUGAGACGACCGGUCUCGAUACACGUUGCGAGUGGAGGCUCGUGGUUCUCAAGGAAGUUGAGACCAGGAGCUAUCAGCUCUGGUGCACAGAGUACCGACUGAUCAUUGAGGGCUGUGAGCGCUAG